AUGCCCAAGCGAAAGAGGGAGGCAGAUACGAUCGAGAACGGGCAGAAUGAAUCGUCCUCCGAUCAAGGGCAGAAAGGGAAUCGGCUGGUCGAGGUCCUUCCGGGGAUUACCCGCAAGAUCACUGCCUGUGCAGCCUGCCGCAAGAACAAGAUCCGCUGCGACAUGUCCGAGGAUGGCCCUCCCUGUGUCCGAUGUCGUCGACGAGGCCUAUCGUGCGUGCUGAAUCGGAGUCUGCAAUCGUUGAUCGAUGACACCAAAAACGUCCAGCUCCUUCAAACCGAUGUUUCGCGUCUCCACCGCACUCUCGACACCCUUUGCCAACAUCUCGGACUCGAAGGCCCCAGAGCUCUGGUCUCGACAAGCAGCGACCGCGAUGGCUCCCCGUCAUGUCCCCUUCCAGAACCCGAGCGAGAAGGCCGACAAGAAGACGAAGAAGGCUGUGAGGUGUCGCCCCCGGAAUCGCCGUCUGCCGUUCAAGCCCCGAUCGACACGUUUCUCGACAUCACGAAGAUCCGCAGUCCGCAUUCCAUCGAGUCCCCUCCAAGCGCGCGAGCGAGCCGAUCGGGCGCAAGGUCGGAUCUGAUCAGCAAGGGCAUCAUCACCGCCACGGUCGCCGAGCGCCUCGUCCAUCACUACUUCUCCCGGCUGGACCACUAUCUCUACGGCAUUGGCGGGGAGUUUCAAGGGCUCGAGCAGCUCCGGGCGAGCCCCAUCCUCCUCGCGGCCAUCUGCACCGUCUCUGCUCUGCAUGAUCCCCAAGACCGCGCGGUGUACGAGACCUGCAACCGCGAGUUCCGGUCGCUGGUGGCCAAAUCGACCUUUGAGAAACGAGACGUCGAGUACAUCCGGGCGUUGUGCAUCAGUUCGUUCUGGCUGGCGGAUGCCUCGCGGAUCUUGUGCAGCGACGCGAUCCGUCGUGCGGCCGACAUCCGCCUGCAUCGCAGCUUCGACGCUCUGUUUGACGACAAGACAGGCAUGAGGCCGGUGUCUGGCCAUUCAGUUCCUUCUCCAUCAUUGCAGAGUCCGGCUUCGGCCACCGACCGCGUCCGGCUUUGGUAUCUUCUUUUCGUCUGCGACCAGCAUCUCUCCAUCCUCCACAACCGCGACUCGCUCCUGCGAAGUGACAAAGGCAUUGCAGUCGGAUGGGAGUCAUACCUGCACCGUGCAGAGACGACCGAGUCCGAUGUCCGCAUCUUAUCGCAAGUGUCACUGCUGCUCAUCAUGGGCCAGGUGCGCGACGUCCUGGGCUCCGACAACCAGACCCCCCUGCCGCCAGCCCUAGCCAGCCAGAUCCUCAACUACUCACGCCAGCUAGACAAGUGGUAUACCAAGUUCUCCGGCCUCUUCGUAACCAAUGCCUUUAUCGGAGAGUUUCCCAAACGGGGCCUCCAGCUACACUACCAGUUCGGCAAGCUCUACCUCGGUCAUCAGGUCUUCAAAGGCCUCCAUGGCCGCCCAAUCCCGCCGCACUUGCUGACAGCGGCUGCAAUGGCCCAUGACACUGCUGCCGCUAUCUUUGAGAUGAUCUUGGGUGAGUGUGAGCUUCAAGAGGGCCUCGUAGGAAUGCCUCACUACUUCCACGUCAUGAUCGCGUUUGCGGGCCAUCUACUAUUAGAGAUCUGCCAGAACUACCACGAACAGUUGGCCAUCAAAGUGCAGGAUGACUUCCAGCUCAUCGACGGGGCUUUAAACUUAUUCCGUAGCACCCAUUGCAUUCCUCAGCAUCCUAUUUGGCGAAUGACGCCUGGUCUGAACAGGAAGCUACAUGACUGUGCCUCCAGCAUUGGAGUCGCUGUCCCCUCUGCCACUGCUACGGGUCUCAUCCGUCGCGAAUCCUACGUGCAAUCAGCCAUGCCAAAUCAGCAAGACGCUUUAUACUAUCCGCCUGUCCCAGGUGUAGAGCAACACACGCAGCCCCUGGAUGACCUCCUCUUUACGGACUUUGGCGAAUUCAGCUUUCCAGACCUGACUUCCAACUUCGUGACGUAG